AGCCUUGUAUCGCUGGGCGGUGCACACAAAAUACGUUGUGGUGCCCACACGAGUCGUCACUGAGUCGGUCAAAGCAAGCACAAAGAAUUGCACGCCUGUCGCCGCAGCGACACAGCACCUCUCAGCAGCGCUGCCAGCAGCGCUUGUAUAGCCGCUAUCGGUCGACAUCUGUGGCGAUUACUGGCACCAAAAACAGGAAGGCAAGCAUGCGACUCCUCCUGUGCGCAGCAGUCGCGCACGCCCUGAUCGCACCGAUCUCACGCGCGCCGCCGCGACGAGGCACGCAUCUCAACUCGCGCCUCGACGACGCCGACGCGUUGGAGAUAAGGCUCGACGUCACGGUCCUCUGGUGUCAGUGCCUCGCCCGCGAAUUAAGCCGCGAGCUCGCCACGAACCCCCUGAAGGAGGUGCCGGGGUUCACGGGCGCGGACCUGCGGGCGCUUGGGUACUGCGUCGCGUCGGCGUCCUGCCUCUCGGUGCUCUGGGUGGCCGCGGGCCUCGCGACGCGGCAGUUCGAGCCGGCGGACUCGUACGGCGAGGGUCUUCGUCGUGUGAUGCUCACUUCGGCCGCAACGGGGCCGCUCUGGCUGCUCGUCGAGAGCGCGCUGAACGUGCCUGCUUCUUAUGACACGUCCCUCGCCCACUACUCGUCGUCGCUCUUCGGGCUCGCGGCGACGAUGGCGCUCGUGCGGACCGUGCGAUGAUAUCGCGACGUCGUCCAAGUCCGUGGUCCUCGAGUUCUAUUCCGGAACUACGUACACUGGACAGUUAAAAAUUUAAUGUUGUGACCCUGC